AUGGGCGCUGUGCAACAAAAGUGCUGCGCAGUUCAGGAGGUGGGUAGCACUGCUGAAGCAGUCGCAGAAACGAAAUGCCUCAGCGAUCAGCCUAUUCCACCGCCUGGGAAGCCACUUUGGCUCACGGAGGCUGAAGCAUAUGUGACGCUGCAGAAGCAGAAAGAAGCGGAAGCGGCCCAGCGAUUACAGCAGCUGGCAGAGAAAGCUGCAGAAGAGGAGCGAAAAGCAAAGGAAGAAGCACAGCGAAAGGCUGCGGAGGAAGAGGCGAAGAAGGCCAAGGAGGCCGAAGCGAAAGCGAAGAAGAAGGUGUCCUCGAAGAAGGCUGCGGCGCCGAAGACGCCCACAAAGCCAGACCUGGAGGAGGACGUGAAGGCUGCAGAUGCGAAGCAGGAAGCGAAACCAGAAGAUUCCCAACAGCUAAAGGUCGAUUCCCCCAAAGAGGCGAACGCUCAGGCCGAUGAACCUCCCAAGCCAAAGCCAGAGGAGAAUCGCUACGAGUUCGAGGUGAAAUGUGUCUCUGCUCGGGGUCUGCGGGACGCAGACUGGCUGGAGGGCACCUCCGAUCCCUACUGCCUCUGCGAGUCCAUCGGGAAGGUGAAGUCCAAAUUCAAGACAAAAACGGUGAAGAAUAAGGAGAAUCCUGUCUGGAACCAAGCUGCAAAGAUGCAGCUGGGUCAAGGGGAUAAGCUAAAAUUCUCCAUCUUCGAUCAGGAGGGGGCAGGCGAGAUGCUUCCUCCUCCGGAUGCUUUGUGCAUCUAUGGCUUUGGCUCAGGUGCCACCUGCAGAGGGCCAGAGCCAGAAACUCCGCCAUCAAGGGCUCCAACGCCGAAGGCAGCCACGACUUCAGCACCAAUGCCGUCUUCUCCUCAGUCUGACCUCAUUACGCAGGAAAUGGAGGAGCUCAAGACACUGUUGAAGAUGGGCGACGAGCGCAUGACUUUUCUAAAAGAACUCCAAGGAGCUGCAACAGCUGGCCAGGGGCUACCACUCUCUGCAGCGCAGAUGCAAGCGUUGACCGAAGGCUUGCCUUUGCUAUCCGAGAUCGCAGGCCAGGGCGACAGAGCGCCGAUUGCUGCUGCAGAAGAUUUUCUUGUCACCAAAACGGUUCUACCGAUGGCCGAGCCGGUUGCUCACAUCGAGUGGCUGCUGCUCCGCAACCCACGGCCUUCAACAUCCUCCUCCCCAUCCUCGUCGCCGCAGUCACAGACGCCGACAUGUAUAUUAGCUGCAGUCCAUGCAGAGGGAACUGUUCGGCUCUUCAGCCCAACUGGGGAGCUUCUCUUGAGCUUUGAGGCAGGCCACGAGGCGCCAAUAACGCACAUCGCGACCUCUCCGACCCACGAGGAGCACUUGCUAGCAACAGGAGAUGCCAGUGGCUCCAUUCGGGUCCACAGAAUCUCAGUGCGGCAAAGGCGAGUCAGCAAGGAGGAGCGAGCCACGCGAGCGAAUUCUUCUGAUGAGAAGUUGUCGCAAUAUUUAGGUCCCCAGCUGAACGUCACAAGUCAGCUGCAGCGCCAGCUCCAACUCCCAGGAGAUGGGAGAGAUGGAAGCUUGAGCGCGCUGGCCAUUUCCAACCACAAAAGCAGCCGGGAGAUCAUUGCAGGUGACUCCAUGGGGCGAAUUAGUGUCUUCGCAAAGAAUGGGACCUUGAAGAACCAGGUUGAUGCAACCGUCAUGGAGGGUCCGGGUGUGGAAGGCCUGCACUCCUUCCAUUCACAAGUGAUCUUCCGAGCCGGGAUGGAGUGGGGAUAUGUGAACCUCGACAAAGCCGAAGUGAAGCACAUCGACUGCCCCAAGUUCGAGGCGGCAAGCAUCUGCCUCUGUGGGGCUGCUUUUUGUGAUUCUGACUCGCAGGGGCGAGUGGCUGCGAUCACCGUUGACAGCCAGCAGCUGUCCAAAGUGCGGGCCGCAGUUAGUGCAGUUGCCGGCAGUUGCAAUCGUCCAAGAGGGGUGUUUGAUCGUUUGAUGGGGACUUUAUGCCUGGCGUCUCUGGCCGUCGCCAUGGCUCUCUGUGUCGGCGCGUGGCAGGUACUGCUAUCGGACGAAAGUGGUGCUGCACCAUAG